AUGGCUGAGGGCAGCGAGCUGGUGAACAGGCUCAUGAUCGAGAAUGCAGACCUCAGGAAGCAGGUGCGCCUCAUGAAGGAGAACCAGAUGCUGAAGCGGCUGCUCAGUGAGAGCUGCCAGGAGAGCUGUGGGCGCGGGGGCUGCGACCUGCUCAUCCCCAAGGCGCCUGCCUACCCUGAGGCCUGCUCGCCUUGCAGUGCAGUUCCAGAUUUUGGAAGGUUCAACGGUGGCCCUGAUGCACCCUCCCAGCUGCAGGUGUCCUCCCUGGAGGAUCUGCUGUGCUCACACGCCCCCCUCUCCAGCGAGGACGAUGCCUCCCCGGGCUGUGCGACCUCCUCCCAGGUGCCCUUCAAGAAUUUCCUCAGCUCCCCAGAGCUGUCUGCGCCCCGUGGCUCUGACCGGAAGCUGUCCCCGCUCCUGAGUUCCUUGCAGGACCCGCUGGCGGACAAGAGCCUGCUGGAGCCCAGGGAGGUGGGCCGGCCCAAGAAGGUGUGCUUCUUGGAGAGCAGCCUGCCCUCCGGGGACAGGACCAGGAAGAGCUUCUACCUUAACGAGAUCCAGAGCUUUGCCGGCACCGAGAAGGACGGGCGCAUCGUUGGGGAGAUCGCCUUCCAGCUGGACUGGCGCAUCCUGGCCUAUGUCUUCCCAGGGGUGACCCGGCUCUAUGGCUUCACUGUGUCCAACAUCCCUGAGAAGAUCAAGCAGACGUCCAUCAAGUCCCUGGACGGCUCAGUGGACGAGAAGAAGCGGCUGGAGCUGACGCACCGCUACCUGACGCUGACGGCGUGCCUGGAGAGGCUGGGCUACAAGCGCGCUGUGCACCCCGUGUUCAGCGAGUUCCUCAUCAACACCUACGGCAUCCUGAAGCAGCGGCCCGACCUGCGCGCCAACCCGCUGCACAGCAGCCCGGCCGCCCUGCGCAAGUUGGUCAUCGACGUCGUGCCCCCCAAGCUCCUGGGCGACUCGCUGCUUCUGCUCAACUGCCUGUGCGAGCUCUCCAAGGAGGACGGCCGCCCGCUCUUCGCCUGCUGA